AUGCUUAAAUACUUUCGUUGCCAAACUAUUUUGACUAAUAAAUUCAGUCUUAUCGGAGCUACAUAAAAUAAGCUGUUCUCUUCUGCUUAAUAGGAAGUAAAGCCUGAUAAAAGUGAAACUAAAAUCACUAAUCCUAAGUUGAAGCUUCCACCCAAAAGAAAACCAGUAAUUAUAGUUUCUGAAUAUGGAGAGCUCUUGAACAUAAAACCAAUGACAGCUCCUAAACCUGAAGUUACUUUAAGACAAGUGCAAGUAGUAAAUGAUAAUACUGAUUCAAGAGAAUUCUUUAAGAAAAUGCAUCGCUCUCCUAAUACAUUCUUCCUCUUUGACCCAAAAGGUCAUUAUAUCAAUGCAUAAUCUCUUUACGGAUCUAUUAAGAAAUAAAUUUCAGAGACUUAUUUUGGUAGUAGCAAGAAGAAAAACGAGGAUAAACCUUAUAAAGGAACUGUAUUUGAAAAAUGCUAACUUCCUUUCUAGAUCUUUAAUGUAAAUAGAAUGGCUAAGAUGAACUAGAAAUAGUUCCUGUCUAGAAUAGGGUUCUUAGCAUUAAGAGAUGGAUCAAUAGAAUUAAACCCAAAGAGCAAACCUGAAAUUGUUGAAAUGAAAUCUAUUUUGCAAAACUUAGAAGUAGACUUCGAUCUAGGAUCAUUCAAGAAGCCAGACUAUUUCUUGCCAUUUCCAUUUGUGGAAGGGCUGAUAUCCUAUGAAAGAUCUCGAACUUAAGGCAUUAAAAUCAGAUGUUUAGGUGAUAAAAUCAUCUAUCCUUAAUAUGGAGUGUUUCCACCCACUACUCAAGAAUACCUUGAUCUCUUUGCAAACUAUAUCACUCAAUCCAAAAAGACUAUAUAAAACUAUAAAACGAUGGCUGAUUUAGGCAGCGGUACUGGAAUUCUACCUAUUAUAGUAAGUUAACUAGGCAAAUUUAAUGGGGAUAUUUAUGCAUUUGAUAAGGAACACAAUUGUGUUGAAUCAACAAGACACAAUGGAUAGGUAUUUGGUCUGACACAACAGAUGAAUGCUAUUGAACUUGACUUGAUGGAAUUUUAUUAUAACCCUACAGAUAAAUUUACAGAGAAUUAGGCUAAUUUCUAUAAAAAAAUGACUGACGAGUUAGGAAUUCCAAUGUAAAUUGAUUUGAUCACUUGCAAUCCCCCUUGGCUGCCAGCUGAGUUUAUAGUAGAUUCAAGUCCACUAGAUAAUGGUGUUUAUGAUCCUAAAGAAAAAUUCCUAAACUCUUAAAUACAUCUGUCUCAAAAAGGAGAAAUGCUUUUGAUAUAUAGUGAUUUAGCUCAACUGUUAGGUAUUCAAGAUGAGAAUAAAGUUCAAUAACUUGCUAAUAAGUAUCAUUUGAGGGCAGAACUAAUUGAUAAAACUGGAUUACUUCCUAAUAAGAAGGUAAACGAUCCUCUAAAAAAUAUAAAGAAGGAGGCUAAGGUUCAAGUAUAUAGAAUCACCAAAUGA